AUGAGGCAGGUUAUAUCAGAUUUGCUCUUCAAGACUCAGGAUCCCAACAACUUGAUUCGUUCUCAAGCUGAACAGCAGUUUUUGCUGUUGUCUCUCCAGAAUCCCUCCUCUGUUGGAUUGGCUUUGGUCCAGAUUGCUGCUGACCAUGCUGAGGUAGUUCCAAACAGACAGUCUGCUCUCUUGAACCUUAAACGACUAGUGCCUCUAUAUUGGUCCUUUGGCUUUACCUCCUUCAAGGGAACUGCCAUCAACCAGGAAACAAAGGCUGUCAUCAGAUCCCAUCUCUUGAGCUUGAUAUGUGACAACGACUCCAAGAUCAGAAACUCCUCCACCUACUGCAUUGUUCAGAUCUCUGUUGUGGACUAUCCCGAGGAAUGGCCAGACCUAAUCUCAGUUCUCUACUCCUUCAUUGAUUUGAACAACUCUGUUUCCUCCAAAAACUCGAUUCUUGGUGGUUUGAUUGUGCUAUCCAGCUUGUUCGACGACUUGAUCACUGACGACCAGUUCUUCGAGGGCUCGAUUGGCCUAAACACCUUGACCUAUUGCAAAAACAUUUUGGCAACUGACACUUCACCCAAAAAUUCUAAUCCUAAUGACAAAAAAAUUGAUGUUAACACUAAAAUCGAAAUUGCAAAAUUACUAGAAACCUGCUUGAGACAAUUUCAAGGUCCAGAAGCAACAAUGACCUCCACCAGAGCUGAUUUUGCAAAGGAAUCUGUUGUUCAAGUGGCUAAUUUGCUCCUAGAAUUGCUAAACGAAUUGUUCAACUACAUCAAUUCAAACAACGUUUUAGACUCAAGUUAUCUCUUAUACAACGAACAACUAUACAAAGUUCUAAUCCUCUUGAUUAACAAUUUCAAUCUAAAACAGUAUUAUAAACAAUUAUUCUACUUGUCUAUAAACCAGCUAUCCUCAUUGACAAAGUUUCAUUACAAUCUUUCAGUUCUAAAGAUUGACGACUCUCAAUCUUCAAACCCUUACUCCAUCUACAAAAUUGUCUCGUUUUCACACAAUAACAUCGGAAAUGAUGAUCCAAUCUUCAUUUUAAAUAAACUAUUAACCCAAAUUUAUCAAUUCUUGUCCUCCGUUAAUAAUUGCUCAUUAUCAAACACUAAACCCUCAAAUAAAUUUGCAAAUAUCGACUUAUUCUCAACCCUAUUCAAUUCAAUUUCAUUGCAAGCCAUCUCUUCAAAUGAUUCAAUUCAAAAUUACAUUUCAGAUUUCAACUCUUUUGUAACCGAAGAAUCUGGAAUGUCUAUUGACUUCACUCUAAGAGAUUCCAUCAACGAAUAUUUAUCAGAACUUAAUCAUCAUGACUCCUCAACCUUUUUAAAUUGGUCUAUUCAAUCUUUUCUCUCUUCAAUCAAUGAAAACGUAUUUGUCAUUUCAAGAACUCUAAUUGUAUUAUCAAAAUUUAUCGAGAUUUUUCAAUACGUUUUAUCUGACGAAAUGAUUUCCAAUGCCUUUACUCACUCAAUUGAAGUUUGUUUCAAUUAUUUGCAAAAUCAAGAUCCUUCAAACAAUGAUUCUGAUUUAGAUGGUAACUUGAAUCUAAUUAGAGCUUCUUUAUGUAUUUCUCUAACCUACUAUUCUCAGUUUUUUCCCUUUGAUAAAUUCAAACUUUCUUCAAAUUAUCAAGAUAUGGUUGCCUCAAUUAUUAGCUCACUUAUUGAUUCUGGAGCAACUGACGAUACACCCACUACCUUAAUGGAAAAUGUCGUUCCCUGUAUUAAAAUUGAUCCCAAAAAUGCGUAUAACACCGAUUCAAUAAUUAAGCUAAUCUUUAAAAUCUCUUCAAGUGACUUUUCUAACAUUUCGAUUAUUAACGAAACGGCUGAUGCUAUAGGUACACUCUUUGAAAAUAUUAAGAUUGAAAAUUUCAUUAAACAAUGUGAAUUUGGAUUACCCUUGUUGAUCAAUAAUUUAAUUGACAAUAUUAAUAGUUUUAACGGAUUGAAAAUUGAAUAUUCGCCUCAAUUGAAUUUUUCUUUAGAAUAUUUAAAUCUUUUUAUCAAAAAUUGUCCAAGCAAGGAAUUACCCGAGGAUAUUUUCAAAUACACUUUUAGUGUUGUAAGUAAACUAUUGCUAAUUGAAAAUAUUGAAGACCAGAUUUUACAAUUAGGUAGCGAAAUUUUAAACUCUAUCUUAAUUUCAUCGGAUUCAAAUUUUUUUAUUAAUUAUAAAAAUGAACAAGGUCUUUCGGGAAUUGAAAUCACUCUUAAACUAGCGGAAAAAUUUCUUUCCCCAACAUUGUCAGAUUCUGCAGCAUUGAAUAUUGGAUCUAUUGUCCUAUCUAUUGUCAGCAAAUUUAGCAGUUAUUUAAACGAUUAUCUUUCAAAUCUCAUUCAAGCAGUUACCAAAAGAUUAACAAUUGCUACUAAUAUUGUGAUUAUGGAAAAUAUGAUCAUGGUAUUUUGCCAUUUGGUUUUGUUAUCAGCCAGUGAUACAAUAAAUUUUUUGGAUUCAAUUAAAUUUGAAGAUAAUAAAAGUGGGUUGGAAAAGGUUAUUCCAAUUUGGUUGGAUACAUUUACAUCGAUUCGAGGAUAUGAAAAAAUCAAGAAAAAUAUAUUAGCAUUGGGUAAAAUAUUUAUGCUAAGCGAUCCAAGGAUAGAGAAUAUAAUCGUUGAUGGCGAUUUAAUUCCUAAUCAAAUUGACCCAAAUAUUAUUGUCACACGAUCAAUUGCUAAAAAAAUGCCUCAAAUUUACCAAAAGAUUUCAUGCUAUGUUAAGAUUUUAAAAUUGUUUAUUUCUGAGUUAUCAUUUCAAAAUCAACAACCAAAUCCUAGUGAUUAUGUUGUUUCAAAAGUUGGAGAAAAUGAUAAUGAAGAAGGAUGGGAAGAUCUUGAGGAUCUUGGUGCACCUACAUUUGAGAAAUUAACGUCAUAUAUUGAUGCAAUUGACGAUGCUGAUGAAGAGGAUGAGGAAAAAGGUAAUUUAGCGAUUAACCAAGAUAACAAACAAAUUUUAAUUGAAUUUUUCAAAGAAUGUGCUCAAAAGAGUGAGGUUACAAAUUUCCGAAAGUACUAUGAUGUUUUAAGUGACGAAGAGAAAAAAAUUUUAUGUGACAAUAUAAUUUUUUGA